AUGUCCAUUUUGCUAUUUGAGUUUAUGGUGACCCAACCCGAACCCUAUGUCCAUGUUGGCAAAGCUAUGGCCCUCCUUGAAUUUUACACCACUAUUCCAGCUACUACUUCUGUUGUUUCUAUUGCAGAGAAAAGAAGAGUCAAGGGUCAAAAAGGCAGAGAGAAUGGACGAGGAAAGAGAUAUUCCUAUAAAUUACCUCAAGAAUAUAAUGUGGAGACUGUAGUGAUUGCAGAUCCAGCAAUGGUUUCCUAUCAUGGAGCAGAUGCUGCUAGGAGAUUUAUUUUAACUAUUUUAAAUAUGGUAUUUAAUCUUUUCCAGCACAAGAGCCUUGGAGUUCAAAUGAAUCUUCGGGUGACUAAGCUUGUUCUGCUUCAUGAGACUCCGGCAGAGAUGUAUAUUGGACAUCAUGGUGAAAAAAUGCUAGAGAGCUUUUGCAAAUGGCAACAUGAAGAAUUUGGUAAGAAAAAUGACAUACAUUUAGAAAUGUCAACAAGCUGGAGUGAAAAUGUGUCACCAGUGGAUGCAGCUGUAUUAAUCACCAGGAAGGAUUUCUGUGUGCAUAAAGAUGAGCCUUGUGAUACUGUGG